AUGUAUGCGUGUCCUCAAUGCGUGUUCCAUACACGGCUGUCUGAUCUCUACAAUGUAACCACCUUCACCACCCAUCCAUAGAAGUAAAAGAAGACAACAUAGAGGAUUGCUCCAAGGAUAAUGCCCGGGGUGCUAUGGGGGAGCUCCCAGCCCCCUCUGGAUGCAGAGGCCAGCGUCCCUGAAGUGUUCACCGAUCCAGACAUUCGUGGCCUCCUGGGCUGGGUGUGCCGACACAUCCAGACCCUGGAGCAAGCCCUGGAGGUGGACCCAGCUGAGGACCAGCCUGGACUUGUGGCCUAUAUUAAG